CCGGAUUUCACUCCCCCCAUGAGAAAGCUCGCAUAACGUUUCACGACGUUCACGUCCCGCGCUAUUCGGUGUUAACGCAUCUUCUUCCCCCAUCGGCAACCUGAGGCUCCCCCGUGUCAUCCAUCGCCACACUCCCAUCACCUGCUCCUGCUGCUGACGAGGCGAUGUUGUGCGGCUUCCUGAAGCGGGAAAUGUGGCUGCAUUUCCCGUUUCAGGACCUGGUCUUCUGGUAUCGCUACCUGGUGAUGUGCGUCACCCGGCCGGAGUAUCGGAAGGCGAGAUGGCACGGCAUCUUCAAUGGCUGGUGGCUGAUGAUGCUCAUCCGGCACAUAGGCGAAUUACUGGGACUCAUAUCGCCCCCCAAAGCUGCUGUCCUGCGGGACCAACUGGAGAGAUGCGACGACAAAGUCCAAGGUACGUGAGAUUCGUGGAUGGGUCAGGCAGGCAUGCCAGGGUAUAUGGCUUCUGUGUGGGUGGAUGAGUGUGUGUGCAGAGCUGGGCCGCCCCAAGCUUCACACAACCAUCAAUGCGAAGGUACAAUUCUGACCAGAGAGUGAGUGGAGGGCGUGAGGUGCGUGCAUCCACGCAGCCUUGGGUGUGUGUGUGGUGUGGUCGGGCGUGCAGGGGCUGCACCUUCAGCGCUUCAGCUACGAAGUAGAGAAGCCUCGCGGGGCUAUCAUAGGUACGCGCCCAACGCUUUGACGAGAGAAAUGGCCUACAACCAGACAGACAGACAGACGGACAGACCGGCGAUCAGUGUAUCGUUCCCCUUUGUGUGUGUGAUCUAUUGGCUACUAGCGAUGCACGGUUACGCGUCACACUUCCGCUUCUGCUUCCUCACACUCCCCGGGCAAAAAUACUACGGCAGCUGGAUACAGAAGUAGCCCACGCACCCCCACCCGCACUGCUGUCUUCAUGACACGGGAUGUGAUGCCAUCCAUCCAUCCAUCCAUGGCGCCUGUGUGUCGUGUGUGGUCGUCAGGCUGAAUUUGGAGGGCUUCAGCGUGUAUGCGUACGACCACCAGGGACACGGCCUAUCGGACGCCUGGCAGGACGUUCGGUGUGUACGGACACACAGACAGACAGACAGACAGAAAACUAAUGCCGACACACACACACGCACACAUACAUUGGACGGAUUUGGGCUGUGCUGUGCUGUGCUUGCCUCUGUGUGUGUGUGUAGGUGCAACUGUGAGUCAUUUGACGACCUAGUCAAUGACGCGGCGGUGGUCCUCAAUGACGUCAGAACAACCGUCGGGUGGGUGACACUGUGCCACACAGACACUACGACACACAGAUAUGCUCCGCGCCCAUCCCUACAGCCACCCAUCCACGAGUCCCUCCCUUUCUCCCUGUCUGCUCGCCCCCUUUUGUUGUCAGUGGUUCGGUGCCGGUGUUCAUGAUGGGGCUGUCGAUGGGAGGGAAUGUCGCCGCCCAGGCGGCUGCUGGCGCGGCCGGCCGCAUGCUGGACGGCAUCGUACUGGUAAGAUCGAUCGGCAUCAUAGACACAGACACGCACGUACUGGCAGGCUCGUUUGGUUCCGUAUGUGUGCCGUUUCCACCUUAUAUGUGCAGUUAUCACCGAUGCUCGACAUGACGAUCAUGAAGGCGGCCAACCGGCCCUUUUUGCCCCUGCUGCCCAUGGCCAGCCGCAUCGCCCCCCACCUGGCCGUGGGAAGCAGACCGGUCAGUGAGUGCAUCUUUGCACACACAGACAGACAGACAGACAGACACCUCGCGGACGACGGGCGCGCCGCUAUGUAUGUAUGAUCAGGUGCACAUAGAAGAGGUGAUGUUAGAAAUGGUUCUGGACCCGCUAUUCUACACAGGACUGUAAGGCGGGCGGCUACAAAGAUGGAUUGCACCACACCACACCACACCACAGGCAGGCAGUCAGAUGCAGAUGUGUGUAUCUCUUGUCUGUCUACACACAUGUGGACACACGUGCAGGAGCCGUGCCCGCUUUGGGUUGGAGCUCAUGCUGGCUGUCGAGAGCGUGAUGAGCAAGGCGUCGUCGAUCCGGUGUCCGGUGCUGCUGGUGCACUCCCACAAAGACGGCAUCGUCGCCCCAGACGGAUCCAAGACCUUCCUCCAGAAGGUCUCAUCUGAGGUGGGCGGGCGAAUGGGCAUGCCAAUAUGUAGAUGGGUCUGUCUGAUCUGUGUGAUGUGAUGUGAUGUGUCUGGCCUGCCUGCCUCUCGUGUGUGUCAUCAGAAAGCCGAUUUCGUGGUUGCGGACGAGAUGUAUCACCAUCUGCCGAACGAAAAGGGCAACGAGAAGGUAGGUGGGCAGCCGCCGCACACACACCAGGGUGUGGUGUGCAUCCGGUCGGUCAGGGGGCCGUGUAUGUGUAUAUGUAUGUGUAUGUGUAUGCGUUUGUGUCAGACCUACGAGCAUGUGCUCCAGUUCCUGCUGGCCCACGCCCCGCCAAGAGACGCCACAUAGAAAGACAGACAGAUGGAUAGAUAGAUCGACCCACACAUGCACAUAUUCUCUAGUUGUAUAGACUCUGUCUCGCCCCCGCCCGCCCGCCCGCCCGCCUGUCUGCCCGCCUGACACGAUUGACCCGUCAUGUACAUAUCAACUGACUGAGUGUUAAUGCUUAUGCGGCAUUUUUCCGUUGUGCUUGACCUUUCGGUGAGAUCGUCUCUCUCUCUCUCUGUGUGUGUGUGUGUGUGUGUGUAGUGCACGUGUGUAUACCUAUGUGUGUGUGGCAGCGUCGGAACCGCGGCUUGCUCGUGGCUUGCUUGCGAAUUGAGUGCUUGUUCGACGAUCACCGCACCAGGCAUCGACGUUAGGGCGUACAGGGAAGGGGAAGGAAGGGGAGGACAGGGAUGGGGAUGGGUGUGACCAGCGGUGUGUGUUCUGCGUCCACUGAUGUUCGCUUCCAUGAGGUCUCUCAUUGACAUUACAGACAGACAGACCCGCGACACGCGUAUGCAGUUUAAUCGGAUCUCAUGCAUGCAUCUCUGUCUGUCUGUCUGUCUGUGAGGGCUACUUUCGUUGUGUGACAGGUUCCAGCGAGCCAAGUAUAAGGUAGGCAGCCAGCAAUUGUCUGCACACAUGCAUAUGAUGGAUGGAGAGAAACAAUCAGCACCCAAUCAAAGUGAAAGGAGAAUUGGAUCAAUUGGCGUGUGUGCAGGCAGGCAGCUUUGUGCUGCUUGCUCUUUGUCUGACAUCUGCCUGGCGGAGACAGACAGACAGACCAUGUGGGUGGGUGGUGGGAUGGAUUCAUUCAUUCAUUUGGACCUGUGACUCCGCUUGCUUCAGUUUCGAUCCAAUCCAAUUCGUGUG